AGUGAAGAAGAGCGGGGGAGAUGGGUGGCAGCAGCGUGAGGCAGAGGCGAGUCAACUCCAAUUGGCCGGAGGAGGAGGAGGCGAGGGCGAUGUGGACGGCGGCGGCGCAGACGACGGCGACCCACCGGCUCCGCGCGCGCGCCGAGGCGGCGGUGGCGGCGCUGGUGGCCGUCCGCCCGCACGAGAUCCCCGCGCUGACGAGCGCCGCCUCCACCUUCUUCUUCAUCCUGAGCGCCUACUUCGUGGUGCUGCCGCUGCGGGACGAGGGGGCAAUCUCGCUGGGCCUCGGCGCGCUCCCGGGACUCUUCGCCGGCUCGCUGCUGCUCACCGUGCUCGCCGCCCCAGUCGCCUCCCUGGCCUUCUCCCUCCCCUCCCUCCCCAAGACCAAGGCUUUGGUUUUGAUACACAGGUUCUUCAGUAUCUCCCUUCUUGUAUUUUUUGUGCUUUGGUUUGCCUCUAAACCUGGCUCCCAAUCUAUCUCCCAGUCAAGUGAAGAUAGUUCAAAUAAACCUGCCGGGUGGGGAAACCACAGCUGGUUCUACAUAGCAGUGAGAAUAAGCUUCUUUCUUUGGGUUGCUUUACUUAAUCUCCUUACGAUAUCAUCCACUUGGGCAAGGGUUAUUGAUGUCAUGGACAGUGAGUCAGGUUCAAGAUUAUUUGGUUUUAUUGGGGCUGGUGCUACGCUAGGGCAACUCUUUGGUUCGUUGUUUGCCGCAAGCAUGGCGUGGAUGGGACCCUUUCUGCUCCUUUUUUCCUCCCUCUUGAUGGAACUUGCUGCAUUGUCAUCAAAAGGAAUAUGCAUUGAUGUUAGUAAUGUUUCAACAGAGCUGCCAUCAACAGGAGCAGAACAAAGUCCAAAUACUGAGCCUGGUGAUGAAAUGUCUUCACUGGUCACUUCACCUAGAACACCUUCCCAAUCUCAAAAGUCCAAACCUGGGUUUUUUGUGAUGUUUGAAGGUUUCUGGCUGAUCAUGCGUUCCCCCUACCUGAUAUACAUAUCUCUAUUUCUAUGGCUGAGUGCAGUUAUCUCAUCCUUCUUUUACUUCCAGAAAGUAACGAUAGUUGCCACUACAAUAUCAAGCCCAACUGCCAGAAGGAGAACAUUUGCACUGAUAAACAGCUUUAUAGCAGUCUUUAUUCUUGCCGGGCAGCUCACUUUGACGGGACAUAUCCUUACAGUAGCUGGUGUAACAGUUGCUAUUUGUGCAUCUCCAUUCAUUGCUGCCUCAAAUCUGGUUGCCCUUGCCGUAUGGCCAACUUGGGUUGCUGUGGCUGUCACUGAAACAAUUCGAAAGGUAACUACUUAUGUUUUGACAAGACCGGGAAGGGAGUUAUUAUUCACUGUUGUUUCACAGGAUGAGAAGUACAAGGCCAAGGUCUGUAUAGAUGUUAUCGUUCAAAGGCUUGGUGAUGCAACAGCUGCUGGAAUUUACAGGUUCCUGUUCAGUAGUCUUGAGAAGCAAACAUCCAUGGCCAACCUCUAUGCUUUGCCGCUCUGCUUCCUGUGGCUUCUCACCGCAUUUCAUUUGGGACGGCUUCAGACAAAUCUUGCCAAGCUUCAGGCAGCUUCUGACCCAUCGUAGCUCCUCCUAAACAGGAUUCUGACUUGAUACAGGUAAUUGCUUCCAGAAUGCGGAAACACGGAAGGGCAGAAAGUCGGGUUGCUGCCCACAUUGUUUUGGUCUACACGUUUCGAAGGAACUGCAAAUUGACAGAGCCUUCGGAUAUAACAGCUGAGAUAACUACAGCAAGAGUCAACAUAGAGGAAGAGAGAAAUAGUAUAUCAUAUAGAAAAAAGGGGUAAUGUAACAGCUUGAUGUAGAUUAAAACAAUGCGCGAUGCCAAAUCUUUGCGCCCACUUUUAGUUAAUUCAUUCAUUCAGUUGAUCCGAUAGAAUUAUGUCACGCAAACUGUAAGAUGUGCCAAUGCAGUGUUCAUGUGGAAGUAGGUCUGGAUUUGUUGGGCACUAUGCUAAAUGAAAAAAAAAACUCAAUACAAUGUAGCCCUGCAAUAUACUGUCACGCACAA